CCGCUCUAGUCUCUUUAUAUAGUGUCACCUUCCUCAUUAGCUCUCUACACACUUAACACUCGUUUCCUUCCAACUCUCUCUCUCUCUCUCUCUCUCUCAAAAUGAAGCUUUCUAUGCGUUUGAUCUCAGCUGUUCUCCUCUUGUUCAUGAUAUUUGUUGCCACAGGGAUGGGUCCAGUCACGGUGGAGGCACGCACGUGUGAGUCGAAGAGCCAUAGGUUCAAGGGUACGUGUGUAAGCACAACAAACUGCGCAAACGUGUGUCACAACGAAGGCUUUCCUGGUGGUAAAUGCCGUGGAUUCCGUCGUCGUUGCUUUUGCACAAGACAUUGCUAAUCCAUCAACAAAAUCUUCGAUCCAUCGUCUCGUGUUGUUUCUUUCUAUCUAAUCUUCCGAACAACUUUCUAUCUAAUCUUCCGCACAGCACCGAGUCGUACUUGUGUGUGUGAUGUGUUUUCAAAUAAGUCUUUGGUUUGUGUGUUUUCUCUCUUUUUUUUCUGUAACGUAAGUGUGUUUUCGGUAUUCAUGUAAGGUAAUAUCAACUUGCUUGUGGUUCUCUUAUCAAGAAGCCUCUACAGAGGUAUUUAAAUA